CCCCCCCUCCUUCCCUUCCCACGGGCUCUUCUUCUCCUUCUUCUUCCUGGUAAACCCUGUGGGGGGAAGGAGGAAUCUUUCCACACGCCAUGGAGUCCAUAUUCUCAGGUUUCGUUAUAGAUCCAACAAAAUGCAGCCACUUAAGUUUGGAGGAGAAGAGAGAGCUAGUUCAUGAGAUAUCACGCUGGGCGGACAAUGCACCUGAAAUUCUUCAAUCCUGGAGUCGCCGAGAGCUCCUCCAACUAAUCUGUGCUGAAAUGGGAAAAGAAAGGAAGUACACUGGAGUAACUAAGCCCAAAAUGAUUGAACAUCUGCUUAGGCUAGUUUCUCAAAAUAAAGGAAAAACCAAUGAAGACAAAGCAGGCCUUUUAUCAGCCUCACCAAAAAGCCCAACUGGAAUAAAAAAGAAAAGGAAGAAAGAAAACCCAUUGCAGAAUUCCACAGAUUUAACUCAUGAAACACUGAAAACCAAGGAAGAACAUGUUGAUGCCUUGAUCUGCCAAAAUCCAGCUUGUCGAGCCACAUUGAGUUUAGAUGUGGGUUACUGCAAGCGUUGCUCUUGCUGCAUCUGUCACCACUAUGAUGACAACAAGGACCCUAGCCUGUGGUUGGUUUGCAAUUCAGAUCCCCCUUAUUGUGGCAAUUCAUGUGGCAUGUCAUGCCAUCUGAAAUGUGCUCUUAAGCAUGAAAAAGCUGGCAUUUUGAAGACUGGGUGUUCAGCAAAAUUAGAUGCCAGCUUCUAUUGUGUUUGCUGUGGGAAAGUGAAUUGGCUGAUUGGAAGCUGGCGGAAACAGAUGCUAAUUGCAAAGGAAGCUCGGAGAGUCGAUGUCCUGUGUGAGCGUUUAUCCCUAAGUUACAAAAUGCUCAAAUGGACUGAAUGCUAUAAAGAGCUACAAAAUAUUGUCAAUGCAGCUGUAAGGAUACUCAAGAAAGAAGUUGGACCUCUCGACAAGGUCUCCACAGUGAUGGCAAGAGGCAUUGUCAACCGGCUUAAUUGUGGUGCAGAAGUUCAGAAACUAUGUGUUACUGCACUGGAAGUUGUAGACUCCCUACUUUGCACUUCGUCAGACAACUUGUCUGGCAUGAGCAUGAAGAACUCAGGUGGUGUAGGUUCCCAGAUUUUCCACAUUGACUUUGAAGAUACUUCUCCAUUCUCUGUUGUUGUUUCUCUUCACUCCAGAGAUGAUAUGUUUGAAGAAAACAUUAUAGGCUGCAGUCUUUGGUAUCGUAAGUCUGAUGACAUCAGCUAUCCAGAAGAACCAAAUUGCCUUGUACUGAGGCCAGAUACUAAGAUUAUGAUAUCGGGUCUUAGCCCCUCAACUGAAUAUCAUUUUAGGGUUUCUCCUUUCAGCAGCACCAAGGAACUUGGUAAGUGGGAUGCCAAAUGUGUGACAGAGAGCCUAAAUGGCAACAGUGGUCAAUGCUCCACUCGGAACUCCGAUAGCACUUAUAUUAAUGAAGAUUUUCUCUCAGUUCCAAAGAAGGAACAGGACUUGGGUGAGCUGCCGGUCAUUAUUCAAUCAGACUCGCAGAAGGGUUCAACAAACUCGAGCGAGAACAACCAGGCACCAGAGCUCCCUAAGUUCAGCCGUGCCAACCACCAUAAAGUUUUACCAUCUGAGGAUGCUAGUGACAACAACGAAAGUCAUUUACCACCACCAUCUAAUCCUGUCCCUUUUAUCUGCUCCAAGCCUGUGCUCCUCGAACCUUGCAAGCCUGAUAUUAAUAAUACGCCAGAUUCCGCCAACAAGAAAGAAUCGGCAGAGAGACAGUACGAAUACUGUGUUAAGGUGAUCAGAUGGUUGGAAUGUGAGGGGCACAUGGAAAAGGAGUUUCGAGUGAAGUUCCUUACCUGGUUCAGUUUGAAAGCGACAGCACAAGAAAGAAGGGUUGUAAAUGCUUUCAUAGAUGUUCUGAUCGACGAACCUGCUAGUCUGGUUGCUCAGCUGAUGGAUACUUUCAUGGAUGGCAUAUCUAACAAGGAGAAACCAAUGUUACACAAAGGAUUCUGCACCAGGAUGUGGCAUUAGCCAUUAGCUAAUCCAAGUAACCAUGCUGGCCUCUUUUUGUACCAGAUGCACAACUUCAGCCUGGUCCUGCAUUGCUUUUCAGAAGUAAUUAACUAUGGUAGAAUUGGGAUCUUGUAAGAGGGAGAAGCUUUCUCUUCUAAUUUGUUAGGUUCUGCAGGAUACCUUGUUUAAUCUAAUAUUGCCACUAAUUAUUAUGUUUCCGCGUUAGGAACUAGAAUUUAGAAGAUGCAAUGCCAUGUUGACAUUUGUCCAUGCAACUCAAUUUCUUCCAGCACAUUGAAUUCCACCUAGUUCAGCUUA